GCCAGAUGCGAAUGAGUGACUUCCAUUCGUGGUUCGCGUUCGUGGCGGGGUAGACGUCGUUGAUUCGACUUUUUCUUCGUAAUCAGUACCGAAACGAAAACAGUGCAACGGGUGCGAUAACAGGCACGUACUAAUCGAUAAAUCGCGGUCGCUAUCUAAUCUCAACUCGCAAUGGAGUCCUCGGAACGACAUUGAAGGUCUAACCGCGAAAUUUAAGUGCUCUUCUUUUGAGGGGGAACAAAAGCUGCCCCUUUCUAAAAUAGGGAGAAAGCGACGCAGAAGUGUGUAGUGCGACAUAGUGAGUGGCUCUCCUCUCGCGUGUGCGAUUUUUCCCCUUUCCGCUCACGCUUUUCCUAGUGGUCAAUAAUAAACAGACCGGGAGUGAGGGCGUGAUUUUGUGUGUGUGUGUGUUGUUAUUAUUGGUUUGCUGCCCGAAACUGGCGAUGGACUAAGCGGAACUCGAUUGAUGACCACUUGAUGAUGACCGGCGGCUUGAUUAGGAUUUUCCUGUCGAAAGCCUGGAAGGAAAAGCAACGGCACCCGGUGCGGAAUGUGCUGAAUACGCUGUUUCCGGUGGUGGUCAUCGCACUGUACGCCUUCAGUCGGUCCGGAUUUCAACGGGGCGGUGCGAUUCAAGGGAGUGCCGAUAAUACACCAGUGCAGCUGUCCCGGGUUUCGUCGCAGGAUGAUAUCGUCGAAGCGUUUCCCUCCGGAAGCUACAGCAAGCUGUUCUUCGCCCCGGAAAAUGACUUCACCAAGGAACUCAUCGAACUCCUCCGGAUCAAGCUGUUCAUCACCAUCGAUCGUGUGGAAUCGUUUCCGACGGUGGCCGAGAUGGAACAGAUGCUGCUCUUCAGCCAGGACUUUUACGCGAUUGCCUUCGACCGGAACUCAUCCAGGCGGUACCUGUCGUACACGAUCCGCAGCAAGAACAACAACUUCCGCACGAACGAAAUAUACUCCCGGGAUGUGUACAGCAGUUACCUGAAGGAUCGGAACGAGUACUACGAAAGUGGUUUUCUGGCACUGCAGUACGGGAUCGAGAAAUCCUUCGUGGAGAUGAGCACCGGGCUGUCCGAGGGCAGUCUGCCGGAGUUCUACUACGAGCACAUUCCGGUGGCCGGGGCAAGGCCACAGGAGUCGUCGGAAAUCUUCGUGGUCAGCAUGAUGCUGGCCGUGUUCGUUUCCGUUGCGUGUACUUAUCUUCUGUUGGUUCCGCUGGUUGAGGAGAAGGCUUCUGGAAUGAAGGAAUACCUGAAGAUAGCGACGUCCUGUAGUUAUUGGAACGAGGUGGCGAUAUUCCUGAUGAACUUCAUUCACCUGAUUCUGAUCGUGGUCCUGUGCUUGGCAGUUACCGUGUUGGCCAACAUUUGGGAAUCGACCGCAGCGCAACUGGUGUUCGUCUGUGUUCUGCUAUUUCUGUUCGUGAUAUGUUCGAUAAGCUUUACGUUCUUCAUCAGCACCCUGCUGGAAUCGGUAACGAUCUCGACGAUUGUGGCACCGAUCUGCUACUUUGUACCGGUUGUGUUUGCUUCGGCUCAGAAGCGUUGGGAGAGUCUGCUGACCGUUUUCCCGAUGGCCGGAUUCAAAGUGGCAGUAUCGAUUCUGCAUGAUUAUCAAAAUAGUUGGCACAGUUUCGGCGCGGCGGAUGCCUUCAAAGCCGGGUAUCCAGGCAAUAAGAACAUAAGCUUGUUCUUCGCUUUGUUCAUGUUAACAUUCGGAACAUUGCUGUGGACAUUUCUAUGGUUCUACGUUUCGAAUGUGCGCCCUGGUCAGUACGGCACACCCAAGCCAUGGACAUUCCUCUUCUCCAAGCAGUAUUAUCAGAAAGGCAAGAAUAAGGUCAAGCAAAACCAGCAUGUAGAGAUGAUCCAGGAAGACAGUAGGGAAUCAACCGGAGUUGCCAUCGAGAAUGGUGACCACCUUGAAAAGGUGGUGAAAAUUUCCAAUCUGAACAAGAUAUUCAAAUCGUCGUCUGGAACCCGAGUCGCGGUCCGCAACUUAUCGCUGAGGAUCUACAAGAACCGGAUCACUGCGUUGCUCGGACAUAACGGCGCCGGGAAGACUACUACCAUGAACAUAAUCACCGGAAUGACUCCGCGAACAUCCGGCCGCAUCGAGGUGGACGGCGAGGACAACGCCAGCAACUAUCGCCAGCAGAUUGGAUUCUGUCCCCAGCAUAACGUGGCUUUAGGCUACAUGAGCUGUCGUGAGCAUCUAGUGUUCUUCGGAGCACUACGUGGAAUGAGCAUCCCAGAAGCGGAACGGGAAGCGGAUGACAUUCUUGAGAAGGUGAACCUGGCGGAUAAGAGCGAUGAGGUCCUCGCAAACCUGUCUGGCGGGAUGAAGCGAAGAUUGUGCUUGGCCAAUGCCAUCAUCGGCCGGACCAAGCUACUGAUUCUUGACGAGCCCACCUCAGGAUUGGAUCCUGAGUCGCGGCGGGACAUAUGGGACAUUUUGCUGCGGUUAAAGAAAGACCACACCAUCCUGAUUACCACCCACUUCAUGGAGGAGGCAGACGUUCUAGGUGAUUGGAUUGCCAUCAUGGAGAACGGGGAACUGAUCGCGUUCGGGACGUCGAUCUUCCUGAAGCACUAUUACGGCAAGGGGUACACGCUGAAGCUGUUGAAGGGGUCCGCCUUUGAUCGGGACAGGGUGAUGUCGAAAAUUCGGGAACAUAUCAGUGGAGCGGUUGAGAAACCGGCCGUGGAACCGGUGUUUGCUGUCACUUUGCCGUACAUUUGUAUGGAACAGUACUCGGCGCUGCUGGAGGAAUUGGAGACCAAGAAGGAAGCCUAUGGGAUCGAGUCGAUCAGUGUGACCAAUGCGACUUUGGAGGAGGUGUUUUUGAACUCAUCGUCGGACAACAAAGCCCUGGAAAAUGAGAGAAGCUUCGAUGUGGUGGACUCGCCUGGUAGAUCCGGAAGCAUCGACUCCUCCGCCCCACACUCAGCAAAACCGCACGAGUCCCUGCUGCUAAAACUGCAACUGCUCUCCCAAUACAAGGCAAUCGCCUACAAGAAGUAUCUGCACAUCAGGCGAAACCUCCACGUCUACCUUUUCAUGUCCAUCCUUCCGAUCGUGACCACAGUGCUGUGUUUCCUGUUGAGUGGUGGUUAUUCAAGUAACGAUUACGGCGUCGUGAAGCUGCACCACUCUACCGUUCAGGGAGCCUUCGCUGUGAUAAUCCUGAACGGAAACGAUCGACCGAUAGAACUUGCCACGAUCCGAAACGAAACCUACUUCCGGAACUUGGAUCUGGUCCUGCUGGAAGAGCAGAACAUCGAGGACUACCUGUUGCAGGAAGCCAAGCGGGACAUAAUGCGCUACCGGCACCGGCUCGUUGCGGCCAUCGAGUUCAACGUGUCCGAGGGAAGUCUGAAGAUCCUGCAUAACAACAACUUGCUGCACAGCGCCGGGAUUGCCGCGAACAUCGGGAGCAACUUGCUACUGCAUUACUAUGGCUAUCCGGGGGUUGAGGUCCUGGUGAAGAACAGUCCGUCCACGAGGCGGAUGCAGCUGGAUUCGAUUACGCCCUACGUAUUCACCGAGGCGAUCGCUUUGGUGUUCAUGCUGUACAUCCUGCAAUUCUUGCAACUACCCUACCUGGAGGCUUCGACGGGCUUCAAACAGCUGCAGAACGUCAAUCGGUACGUCUACUGGACCGGGACGUUCCUGGUGGACUAUCUGAUCCACAUCGUGAUUUGCCUGGCGGUGUUCGGAUUUGCUCUUGGUUUGGACCGAGAGCGACUCUUCAGCAGCGCCGAGCACUAUCAGGUCUUGACGGUGCUGCUCUUGUACGGGAUUGCCGCCCUACCGAUGAUCUACAUAAUCAGCCAGAGUGUGGACAAAAUGGACACGGCCGUCACCGUCAUGAGCUAUCUGAUGAUCUUCGGAGUGUGCGGCGUGUUUCUGCUUUCGGACGGAUACGAUCGCAUUCGGGAAAACGACGCCUUGAUAUUUCUGUUCCAUCUGGUUCCGGAGUUCGGUUUGAAGCACUCGCUUCGAAUAAUCUACGAGAAUCAGAAGCUGUCGAAGGUUCAGGCAUUGCUAAGGGAUAAUUCAAUCGAGAUUCGCGCUUCAACGACCAUUCCGCGGUUGGAACUGUACUACCAGUACUGUAUGAUGCCACUGCUCAUGAUCGUCCUAACUUUCAUGCUCAACGAAGUGGUGGAGAACAUGUACCGCAGGGAUAUGGUAGCGGACAAGAAGGUAAGAACAAGCAUGACACUGCGGAAGCAUCUCGGUUGCACGAAGCGGCAACGAAGGAAAGCAUUGGCGAUCGAUCAACCCGAUUCAAACUACGAAAUGAUGGAUCCGGAUGUGGAUGACGACGUUGAUGCCGAGUCCAAAAUGGUGAACGAGAUGGUUUCCAAGGAUCCACCGGAAUUUGCCUCGCAUACCAUUGCGGUGCAUGGUUUGAGGAAGCGCUACCUCAGCUUGCCGGCAGUCAGAGGAGUGAGCUUUGCGGUGAAGCGUGGCGAAUGCUUCGGGUUGUUAGGAAUGAACGGCGCCGGUAAAACCAGUACCUUCCAGAUGAUCACACGCAACCUUCCGAUCACGGAUGGCACCAUCUACCUGAACGAACGGGACGUGAGGCAAUCCGGCGAGCGGGAAUACCGGUCCCAGUUCGGCUACUGUCCCCAGGGCGAUGCGCUGCUCGAUUUCAUGACACCCCACGAGCUGAUCCGGUACUGCGCUAUGGUGAAAAACCUGCAGCACAUCGACGAUCUCAUCAAUCUGUGGCUAACGGAUCUGGACAUUCUGCCGUUUGCCCACAGCCGGAUCAACGAGUGCUCCGGAGGUACCAAACGGAAGGUGAACACCAUUCUGGCCAUGCUGGGCAACCCGUCGAUCGUGUUCCUGGACGAACCCACAACCGGUGUCGAUCCCAAGUCACGCCACUUCGUGUGGAGCCGGAUAAAGGCGUUGCAACGGGCGGAUCAAACCAUCAUACUGACCUCGCACAGUAUGGACGAGUGCGAAGAGCUGUGCAAUCGGCUAUCGAUAAUGGUGGAUGGUCGUUUGAGGUGCAUAGGGUUCAUCCAGCGGCUGAAGGAGAAGUACGGUAAAGGGUUCAACCUGUUGCUCAAAUUGAACGACGGCCAGACCGAACGAGGAUGCGAACUGGUAGCGGAAGUGAGACAACGCUUCGGGUGCGAUUUGAAGGAAGAGCAUGAUGGCAUGCUGAAAUUCCUUGUGCCGGAGCAGGUCCCACUUUCUCAGCUUUUCGGUCAGAUGAAUGCGCUCAAGGUCGAGUUUAACGGGCUGAUCAACAGCUUUUCCAUCAACGAAACAUCACUGGAGGAUAUAUUCCUCAACUUUAGGCCCGCUUUGUCAUCUUCCGCCCUCUGUCGCCAGUCCAAUGGAGUGGUUACAGUGUGAAGCAUUUUUCGUUCGCAAAGUGUGAUAUAGUUGCCCUUCAUCAGCACCAAAUGUUUUGUUUUGUGUAAUUGGCAGCAUUCCUACGCGCACCCGCACAUGUGUAAAUGAAUCUCAUUUUUCUAUAACGGUUUUAUCGAUAAAGUAUAAAAAACGAUGAUUGUAACUAACUUAAGUGCUUCAGAUACGUAUGUAUAUUUUUUAAGUUGUAAAUGUAUCGCAAAAAACAAUAA